AUGUGUCACUGUUAAGUCCUAGAUGAAAGAGUGCAUUCAGGUGAUGCCUCAGGUGUCGUACCAUCAUCUUUUAGAAUUUAAAGACUCCUUUUAGAUCGAAUUGAUAAUCCUAAUACUGGAGAAGUUGUUGAAGACUUCCAAGUCAAUAUUCCAAGAGAAGAUAUUUACAAGCUUAAAAGGCAGCUGAAGAUUUAAUGCCCCAUAAAAUUAACCAUAUCUGGAUUAACUCAUCUAAAGUGCUUCCUAAUUGUUCUACAAGAAAAAUGCAUAAACCUUAGUUCGAUUCCCCUUAUGAAUACACUUAAAUAAUAAUAUCCAAAAGCUUAAUUUAUAGUAACUGGAAUUUUGGGACCAAAUUCCAAUGCACAUGGACUAAAUGAAUUCUUACACAUUCCUUUCACAAAAUCCUUGAUUAGUUGCAUAAGAAAUUUUGUAACUAGGCUUCAAAUCCAUUUAAAGAAAUGA